UCGAAAAACGGGUGGGCUUGUACAGAAGCAGCAGUGUGAGUCUGCAGGUGUCAACAACAAAAUAAUAAAACACACCCUCAUUAGCACAAAACUUUUAAGAUUUGAUUUUUCAUAGUUCUAACCAGAGAAAGGACCAGAAUGUUAAGACGAAUAUUACAGAUGACUCCUGGGAAAGGAGGCUCCCAGAGCUCAGAGUCUGAGCAGCCGUCUGCUGAUAUGAAUAAUGAGUCCUCAGAGGGCUUCAUUUGUCCCCAGUGUAUGAAGUCACAUAACUCUGCUGAAGAGCUCUUCAAACAUUAUGAGGUGUUCCAUGAGCCAGGAGACCAGCCGUCCCCCUUCACCCCUGGCAGGGAGGAUCUAGCCCUUCUUCGACAGGAAGUCCAAGAUUUACAGGCUUCACUGAAGGAGGAACGCUGGUUUUCUGAAGAAUUGAAAAAAGAAUUAGACAAAGUACAAGGACAGAUAACAACUAACAAAGGCCCACAGAGUGAUGGUACUAGUGAAGAAUCAGAGCUCGAGUUGAGGCUUAAUGAAUCUGAGACAGAGAAGUUCAACAUCAAACAAAUGAAAGACUUGUUUGAACAAAAAGCUGCUCAGCUCUUAACUGAGAUAGUUGACAUCAAAUCUCGUUAUGAUGAGGAGAAAAGCAUGAGAGAAGCACUGGAGCAAAGGCUGACCAAAUUAAACCAAGAUCUGCAGAAAGAGAAACAGGAGAAAGAGAAACUGGCGGCAGAACUGCUCCAGAGGCCCGGAGUGGAAGACGUGGAGGUGUUGAAGAAAGAGCUGGUGCAGGUGCAGACGCUCAUGGACAACAUGACCCGUGAGAGGGAGGAGGAGUCAGAGCGCCUCAAGAGCCAAUACGAACAGCUGCAGGCCAACUUCACUACCUCAGAGAUUCAUAAACUGGAGAAAACGAUUGCUCAGUUGAAGGCAGAACUGGAGAAGGGUCCUCAGGAGGCAGCGGUCUACACCCAACAAAUCCACCAAUUACAGAGCAGCCUCAACAACUACCAGCAGCAGACCCAGCUUUUGACAGAUAAGUUAUCUCGUAAGGAGAAGGAGAAUCAGGAACUUGAUGAGCGUCUGAGUCAGGAGCAGGCCUCUAAAAAGAGUCUUCAGGCUAGUCUGCACCAGAAAGACCUGGAGCUCCAGGAGAGCCAAGCCCGGGUGUCAUCGGGAGAGUCAGCUCUUAGUCGGGUGCAGGCUGAAUUGACCGAACGUGGGGAGGAGGCUACACGACUAAGACGGGAACUCGGUGAGCUGGAGAAGAACCACCAGGAGGUGAAGGCAGAGAGGAAGCAACUUCAACAGCAGAGAGAAGAUAAAGAAACCCAGGGUCUGCAGCAGCAAAGUGAGAUCAGCCAGCUGCAUGCGAAGCUGCUGGAAACCGAGCGUCAGUUGGGGGAGCUGCAGGGACGACUGAAAGAGCAGAGACAGCUGUCAGGAGAGAAACUCAAAGAUCGGGAACAGCAGGUGGCAGACCUGCAGCUUAAACUCUCCCGCUCGGACGAGCAGUUAAAGGAGAGCUCUACCAAGUCUACUGACCUGCAGCAUCAGCUGGACAAAUCCAAACAGCAGCACCAAGAACUGCAAACACUUCAACAGAGCACUAAUGGGAAACUUAGGGAAGCACAGAAUGACCUGGAGCAGGUGUUGCGUCAGAUCGGGGACAAGGACCAGAAGAUCCAGAACCUUGAAGCUCUGCUGCAGAAGAGCAAGGACAGCGUGAGCCAGCUGGAGGCAGAGAGAGAGGAUCUGUGUGCUAAGAUCCAGGCCGGUGAAGGAGAGGCAGCUGUGCUGAAUCAGCUGAAAGAGAAAAAUCACUCACUACAGGAACAGAUUACGCAGCUGACCGACAAGCUCAAGAACCAGUCAGAGAGCCACAAACAGGCUCAGGACAACCUUCACGAGCAGGUGCAGGAGCAGAAAACCCAUCUGCGCUCAGCACAAGACCGCUGCCAGAGUCUAGAGACCACCAUCUCUGAGCUUACCACACAGCUCACAGAGAGCAAAGAGAAGAUUGCCCAGCUAGACACACAGCUAAAGGCCAAGACUGAGAUGCUGUUGUCUGCUGAAGCAGCAAAAAAUGCCCAGAGAGCUGACUUGGAGAACCACCUAGAGACUGCCCAGAAUGCAUUGCAAGAUAAGCAACAAGAGUUGAGUAAAGUGCAGGCUCAGCUGGAGGAGCAGGGCCGCAGGCUGCAGGAGAAGCAGGAGCAGUGCUCUCAGCUGGAGACCAGUCUGAAGGAUAGCCGAGACAAACUGCUGACUGCAGAGCAGAGGAUAGAGACACUGGAGACCCAGACCAAGAAAGUAGAGGUAGAAUUAACUGAACUCCGCUCUGGAAGAGAACAGGCUCAGAAGGAGCAGCAGAUGCGGAAGAAGCAGAUCAGUGAGCUGGAGAUGAAGACAAAGGAGCUGAACCGUCUUUUAGACUCUGAGAAACAAGGUGCUGCCACCCAGCAAGAGGAGUUGAAGAAGAAAACAUCAGCCCUCUCUGAAACAAAACAACAGCUGGAGAAAGCAGAGCAGGAGCGAGUAACCCUGCAGGCCAGCCUGGAUAAACUGACUCAGGAGGGUCAGAAGCGGCAAGCAGAGCUGGAUAAGAAAGUUCAGGGACUGAGUGCAGAUCUUAAGAAAGCUCAGGAGGAGAAGGAAGCUCUGACUAAAGAAAUGGCAACGGUGAAAGAGGCUCUGAGCACAGCUUCUAAAGCUCUCAAAGAGAGCCAGACUCAAUUAGAGGCAGAGAAGAGAACCAGCAAGGCCACUUUGGAGGAGAAGGAGAAGUUUUAUCAGAAAACACAGCAAGAGCUUCAGAAAAACACAGAGACCGCUUCUAAAGAGCUCAGCCAUGUCAAAGGUCAGCUGGAGAAAUCGAUAGAGGCAGAAAAGGGGUUUCAAUCUCAGUUUAUCGCACUGAACACUCAACUGAAACAGUCUCAAGAUACGCUGAAAGAGAAAGAAAACAGUGUACAGCAGCUAAAGACAGAGCUGAAGACAACACAGGGUUCUUUAGGCCAGGAGGUGAAGAAGUUUAAGGCACAAGUGUCCGAGCUGCAGACUUCACUCACUAAAAAGACUGAAGAGGAGGCAAAGCUGAAGGAGCAGGUGACGACAUUGUCUAAAGAUCUCCACUCUGAGAAGAAUCGCUGUGCAGAGCUGCAGAAGACCAGUGACAGCACCAAAGAAAGUCUUGCCGCUCUUCAGUCUGAUUACUACGGCAAAGAGUCUGAGCUCUCUGCUGUACGCCAGGACCUCAAGGUGUGUGAGGAGAAGCUGGUUCUAGCUCAGGAGGAGCUGGUGGCUAACAGAAACCAGCUUAGUGCUCAUGAAACCCAGAUCCAGGAGCUACAGACGGCCCGCACAGAGAUGGAAAAAGGCCUCAGCAAGAGAGACGAGAAAAUCAAACAACAGGUGGAGGCUCUACAGAAGCUCCAACAACAACAGGAACAAACUGAGGAGCAGCUGAAGAAGGAGAAGGCUCAGUGCAAAGAGCUCAAAGAGUGCCAGAGCGUUCUGGAGAAGGACAAAAACAAACUGUCUGCUGAUCUUAAAGCCCUGACUGAGAAGAAUGAGAAGGAGCUGAAGGAGCUCCAGGCGGCGAAGCAGCUGCUGAUCCAGCAGAAGGUGGAGAUGCAGGGGAAGGUGGAGGCGGCUCAGGCAUCUCUGGAGAAGGAACAAAGAGAGCAUCAGAAGACCAGAGACUCCAUCAAACACAAACAGCAGCAGCUCAAAGCUGAGACAGAUAAAUUACAACAGCAACUGGCAUCAGAAAUGAAGGCUAAAGAGGAGGUGGAGAAGCAGAGGGAAGAGGCGGAGGUGAAGAUGUCUAUGCAGGUGGCGGCACUGAACGAGAACGUGGCGACACUGAAGCGAGAGUGGCAGAGCAGCCAGAGGAGGGUGGGUGAGCUGGAGAAACAGAUGGAUGAGCUGAGAGGGGAGAUUGCCGUGCUGGAGGCCACCGUCCAGAACAACCAGGAUGAGAGAAGAGCACUGCUGGAGAGGUGUGUUCAGGGGGAAGGUGAGAUUGAAAAGCUUCAGGCUAAGAUGUUGGAGAUGCGCAGGAAGUUGGAUGACACUACAGCCGCCAUGCAGGAGCUUGGCAGGGAGAACCAGUCUUUACAGAUAAAACAGUCGCAGUCUCUCACGCGAAAGUGGGCAGAAGAUCAUGAGGUGCAGAAUUGUAUGGCUUGCGGGAAAGGCUUCUCUGUCACUGUCAGAAAGCACCACUGUCGACACUGCGGUAACAUCUUCUGUGCGGAGUGCUCCGCCCACUGCGCCCUGACGCCCUCCUCCAAGAAGGCUGUCCGAGUGUGCGACAGUUGCUUCGAGGAGCUCCAGGGCUGAUCUCCCCUCCCUCCCAAACCCCCGUCCCCCGCAGCCCUCUCUGCACCCGCUCGCCCUGACCUCUCCCGAGGGAACACGAGCAACCAGGAGAGGCCAGCAGAGGGCAGACGCAGAAGCCGCGGGGAGCGCUGAGGAACAGCACGUCACGGUGGUCACUCGAUGCUGCCAAUCAGAUAGAGGGAACACUAAAUUAACCCGGCCAGAGCGGCUGUCCUCAUCUGUCCAGUGCCUUUGCCACUUAUGGGGCCACUUUGAGACCCAGAGGAAUCAAAAGGGAGGAACCUCUUGAGCAGAUGUAAAAUUUGUAAUAUAAAAAUCAGUUUUGUGCUAAAGCACAGCAGCUUUGGCACUCGGGAUUGAGUUUUGCGUUAAAAGAUUUGAGUGUAAGAGACGGGGGAUCGGAGCGAAUCUGUGUAGAACCAAAGCAGGGUCCUUAUUUGAUAUAUCAUAUUUGUAAGUAAAUGUACAGACAAAAGAGGCACAUGUGAAUAAUUCAGAUAUAACUGUCACUCGAUGGAGACUUUAUCAUUGUUCAUUCAGUGUGGGCAUGUUAACAAGGUAUGUGGGUGUUACGUACAUGCUUGCUUUGCUGCUCUUAUGUCUGUUGAAAUGAAACACUUGAUGUUUGUUUUGCAUUCAUAAUCUCACCAGUACAAGUUGGUGAUUCUUUUAAAGAUUUACGCACACAAAUAUGUCUUUUUUUUGUUUUCUUUUAUCAAUUUGUACAUGUUGGAUGUACAUGUUGCCCUGCUUUUAAGCAAUAACCGUGCAUUGGGUUUGAUUGUGUGAUAGUGUAUUGAAAAUGAAUGACGGACCGCUGAUUGUGUUUGAAAUAUCAGCUGCUACAAUUCUCUUCAACUUGAGAGGUUUCUCUCAUUUCCCGCGAGCCAACACUUUAUACUAAAUGGCGUAGUUCACCUAAAAAAGUUCCGUUGUCAUUUAUUCCCCUUCAUGUUAUUCUAAACCUGUAUGAGAUUUUCUGUGAGGAAUAUAAAGGUAGACAUUUUGAAGAGUGUUUAGAUCCAAACAUUGACUUCCAUUGUAUGUUUGACCUUACGAUGAAAGUCAAUAGGCAAUAUCAUAUUAUUUUUUAAGUUGAAAAAAUAACGUCCAUACAAUGAAACUCAUUGGGAACCAAAACUAUUUUACAACUUUACAAAAAAAUAAGUAUUUUGUUGUAUGUCUUUUAUGUUUAGUUACCAAAAUGCAUUUUUUAAAACGUAUAUUUUAAAGAAUGUUGAGAAGCAAACGGUACCUUGGAUGCUUGUCAAAUCAAAGUCAGUAGGAACUGAAACUCAGAACAUUGUCUUUUUUCUGUUUGUUUUGCAGAACACAAAAGAAGAUAUUUAAAAAAAGAUAAUAACUAAGAAAAAGUCGACUGCUUACCAGCAUUCUUCAAAGCAUCUUAUUGUAUGCCUUGUUUGUGUUUUAGUUACCAGCAUUCUGUUUUGUGGGUUAAAAAAGAAGAUAUUUUGAAGAAUGUUGAGAAUCAAACUUAAACAUUAUCCGUACAAUGAAAGUCAAUGGGAGCUGAAACUCUUUAAUUCACAAUAUCUCAUAAAACUCAAAGUGCAAAAUUUAAUAUUUUUUGGUGAACUGUUCCUUUAUUAGAAGCUGAAAGUGUUGUGAGCGUCCUUGUAAGCGCUUGGCGUAGAACUAAAUGUGAGCGAGUGCGCUGUAAAGUAUGCUUCACCGCAUGUGGUUUAUGCCAUUGCCACAUUCUGAUGUUUUUGCUUUGCCGAAUAGAUUGUACGCGGCUUGCGGCGUCGGUGCCACUGUUUGCUGUCGGGUAUUGAUUGCUUCCUGUUUGUAUCGGUAGAUGGAUUCAGGAGCGUAACGCAUAGUGAUUCAUAUGUAUCCCAGGAUGAAUCAAAAGUGUCUCAGGAUGUUUCGCGCUCAUCACCAGCUCAGUCAUGUGACCUGAUUUCAGAAAAUCGAAUAGUUAUGAAUAACAGCCCUUUAAUUGAUGUGUGCUGCAGUCGACGACAGUACGAUAGAAGCCACUCGGUGCCAUGUAACUGGUCAAAACCCUUCAUCUGACAUCACUUCCUGUUUUCUCUGACCGUUAACAAUGCUGUAAUUAUUAGCAAAGUGUUUGAAGAAAAACAGGUUGUGCAGCUUGCAAAUAAAGCUAAUUUGUGACCGCAUAUGCAAAGUGCAUCACUUGUAGGUUUUUGGAUCAGCACUACUCACUAACAGUAUCUGUUAUAUGGUUGUCACGCAUUAUUAUUAUGGAUUGAUUCAUAUAUUUUGAUGUGCUGAACAGCAGGGUGUUCACGUUCAUGUUGUGGUAAUGUGUUUGUGUGCCUUAUAUCAAGGUUCGUUUCUGUCACGUGUGCAUUUUUGAAAGAAGACAGGCACUGGAAGAAAAAUCUAUCGGAGUAUAGUAAAUGAGUUAAAAAGUUUUAAUAAAUAUUGCAUCAUAGUGAAUGUGAUUUCAGGUUAAUUGGUUUGUUUGCCUGAAGGUUCUGACUCAAACGAAAAGCAUCUGAACUACGUCACCACCCAAGAUUUUUUGUUGAGGAAAAAAAAAAAUUGUUCAAUGGUAUUGUUUUCUAAAUUUUCAUCAUGUUUAAAAGUAAAUAAUAAACUAGCUGUUUCUAUUUUC